GCGGGCCUGUAGAUCGCUGGCAGGCGGUGGAAGCAGACGAGCCCAGGAUGGCCAUGGUCAAAACGGAACCAGAAUGCAGAUGGGAAAGGAGGCUAACAACCAGUGAAAGCAUCAUCAUGGGCUUUCAUGAAGACAGUGGGAUGUGCUCAGCAGGUACCUGUAUGGCAGAUGGGUGUGUGGAGGAGCCUGUGCUCCUUUACCCUCAUGGCCUGAAGGGUCUGCACAGCUUACAGGCCUUAGUUCCCAGCUUGCUGCGGCAUGAAGUAGAGAUUGCACUGGAGAAACUGGGGCUCACAUUGGACCGGAUGUAUGCCUGGGAGAUGUUCUUAGACAUGAUGAAAAGUCAAACUCGGAACUCUUUUCCCAACGCUGACCUCCCCCGGAAUUUCACUGAUGCCACUCGAGCCAUCCUCGUGGACUGGAUCAUUCAAGUUCACGAGAUGAUGCAUUUCCAAGAAGAGACUCUCUAUCUUGCCAUACACCUCCUCAACUACUCCCUGCGACAGAUCAAGGUGACCACAGCCAACCUCCAGCUCCUCGGCAUGGUUUGCCUCUUCCUUGCAGCAAAGAAGGAAGAGAGUCAUCUCCCUGAGGUGUCAGAGCUCUGCUACUUGAUGGAUCACACCUACACAAAGCAUCAGCUGCUGCGGAUGGAGCGUAAAGUCCUCUAUGGGCUUAAGUUUGAUCUGUCCUACUGCCCCCCAUUGCAUUUCCUUCUUCUCUUUGCCUCCAUCGCUCGCUGCAGUGCGAUGGUGGUGUGGAUGGCUCGGUAUCUGCUGGAGCUGUCUCUCCUGGAGGGCCAGUGCGUGGUGUUUUUGCCAGCACAGCUGGCUGGAGCGGCCCUCUGCCUGGCUCGCCAAGUCCUGCAGGAGCCUCCGACAGCAGAGGGGGAGGCUGCCUGGUGUCUGGCCUCCAGCAUCCAUGCCGGCAGUGAGACUACUCUGCUGAGGGUCAUGCACAUUCUAGCCAGCGCUGCAGCCAAGGCCCAUACUCAAGAGACCUGUGCUACUUUUAGUAAAUUCUCCUCCCCAGAGACCUUGCAUGUCAGUAGACACCCGGGUCUGAAGAACGCCCCUGGUCUGCUGGGUGUAUGCACAUGACAAAGUUGACUGGAAGGAGCUUAAUUAUGCACCUCUGCUUCAAUGUACGCACCGUAUCAAACAAGGCCUUGACUCCUUGUGGUCCAACCCUCUGGCCAAGGCAUUAUGUUCCUGGCCAUGGAUCCUGAGGAGCUACCAUGUAAAUGGGUGAGGAAGAAGUGAGAGAUUUGAUUCCAGGCAUGAAUGCCAUGCAUUUUGCAUGCAUGUGAUUUAGCCAACUUAGUUGCACACCUGUUUUAUGAUCUUAUCUUGCAGCCAAUUUAGAAAAUAUUUGAAUUGUGUCCUUGUUUUGUCAUUUGUGGAAAGGUUGUGGGCUGUCUAUCAAAUGAUAUGAGGAAGUUUUAAUGUAAAAAUAAAGUGUCUGCUGCA